GGCCGUGACAGAGAUGUUGUUGUUUACAGUCCCACGGUGACACAGCACAACCAGGACGUCAGCGACAGAUUCACUUUAUCUUUAAUGACAUUUUUCAAUUCAACUAGUUCAGAUAGUCUCUCUUAUAGUUUUAUAUCCCUGGUAGUUACAGCCAUACGUGUUUUUUAAUUCAAGUUUUGUGUGUAUGUACCGGUAAGCUAGCUAACCGGCUAGCUCUUGGUGGAAGUGAGUCAGCUAAAGUAAAAACCUAAGUGAACUGCAGUUGUCAGUUUUGUUGCCAUGGACCAAACUGGCUCCUUCCCGGUGAAGCUGUACAUUUACGACCUGUCCAGAGGAAUGGCCCGACAGCUCAGCGCUGUCAUGCUCGGGAAACACCUUGAUGGGAUAUGGCACACCGCGAUUGUGGUCCAUGGAAAGGAGUACUUCUUUGUUGGAGAAGGCAUCAACAGUUGUUCACCUGGUGGUACCCCUUUGGGUGAGCCUGACUCCGUUGUGGACCUGGGCAUCACUGAGGUUCCUGCAGAGAUCUUCAUUGAGUAUCUGACUUCACUUGCAGAGUCUGCAUACAGCAGUGACAAGUACAAGUUGUUCGAGCACAACUGCAACAGUUUCAGCAACGAGGUGGCUCAAUUCCUAACAGGCAAAAAGAUCCCAUCGUACAUUACAGACCUUCCAUCUGAAGUACUGUCCACGCCGUUUGGCCAGGCUCUCCGUCCCUUACUGGAUUCCGUCGUCAUUAAUCCUGGAGGCAGCAACAUAACCGGACAGCGAUAGACAGGGCUCUGUAUAUUGAUGAAGAUAUAUUCAUUCAAGGGUUUGAGUGAGAGUGGGACUCUUUGUGAACACGAGUGGAGUUAGUUAUCACAUGUUCCCAUCCCAUCAUCUCCUUGUGGUCAGUCAGGCUGGCUAAAAGCCUUUUUCGUUUUCCUUGCACAGCCUCUCUUCAUCAGUGGGGAUGCUGUUAAUUGCAGUUUAUCACAAUUCUCCUGACGUUUGCAAAGUUAUGCUCCAAUCUGAAUUUUAAAUGGGUGUUAAUGGGUUUUAUCAUGUGUCCAAGGGUUUCUAAUCCUCUAAAUGUGUUACUGUUUAUUAACUGAUUUUACAGAACCACUUGGCUCUGUUUAAAAACCACAAAGACAAAACAAAUCAAGGCCAUGGUGCCAGAUUGGAGCUAAUUCAGCAGUUCAUGAGAAGUUAGCAAGAUAAAUCUACAAUAUUAGGACAUUUUAGUCUCUUCACACAAACCUACAAGACCAAAGUUUAACCUCAUUGGCAGAGCUGACAGAUCGUUUUAUUCUGAAACCACCGGGACAUGUUUCUUCCACAAUCAGCUGGGGGUCAUCUGAAUAUAACUUCAGUGCUUUUCAGCUCACUGCUGUACACAGGCAAUGGGAUGGUUAACGCUGUCAUUUCCUGUUUUCCUUUUUUAUUUUUUCCUUCCCUGUGGAGUUUAUUUUGACAGGACUUUACUCAAAGGGCAGGGUCAGAGUACGUUAAAGUUAGAAAUGAAGUAAUCAGUCUCUCAGUGAAUCAUUGUAUUGGACCAAAUGAGGUCCUGUGUUAUCUGGACCAAGUUUGUAACCUCUGAGACACUUCAAUCAAAAACAAUAUAAUGACGACAGGGCAUGUUAGUGCUACUUUAGAUACGGGACCAAUCAUUUUUCAUCUUUACUUCUUUCAUUUGCUUUAUCUUUGAUGGUUAGUUCAGUUUAUAAAGAUCGACUGUUACAUAUCCAGGACUUAUGUCAAAUGGUAUUGACCAUUGAAGGGUUUGUGAAGUUUGUAGCCAGACACAGUAGAUUAUAUGCACAGUAGGUGUUAGGAUAACAACCACUUCACUCUUCACUCCACUAUGAUAUCACUAUGGUGUGAUAUAUAUCUACCAUCCACUUUUGUUCUCAGUUUGUUCUCAUAUUAGAACAAAAUUCUUUUUGUGUUCAAUAAUCUUCCUUUGACUUUGAAAUAUUAAUUCUUAUUGGAAUAUACUUUUAACUAUUGCACAUACUUAUUAACAAUGCUUAAAGCUUAAGAAGAAUGAAAUCAAAUUAACGUCUCCAUAAGGUGUAAUUGUCUUGAAUUCCAUUGUUCAAGGUUGGA